AUGGCCUCAAACAAGACGUGUAGGGUUUAUGUUGGUAAUCUUCCAUGGAAAGCAAAAUGGCAUGAUUUGAAGGAUCACAUGCGGCAAGCUGGUAGUGUAGUUAGGGCUGAUGUUUUUGAGGAUGAAGUUGGGAGAUCUCGUGGUUGUGGAGUGGUGGAGUACUCCGCCCCUGAGGAGGCUCAAAGGGCUAUUGCUGAGUUAAAUAAUUCCACAAUACUAGAUCGCCUAAUCUUUGUACGUGAGGAUCGUGAAGAGGAGACGAAUCGCUUUGGCAGGAAGUCUGGUAAAUGGGGUCACAAUAGAGGGCAUAGUUCACGAACUAGGACACAUGCUCCACGUCCACCACUUAAGGAUGAACAUAGAGGUCGACAAGUUUUUGUGACUAAUCUAGCAUGGAAAACUACUAGAGAUGAUCUUGCAAAAGUAUUUAGUGAAAUUGGACCUUUAGAUUCUUGUGAAGUAUUCUACUUUGAUGAUGGACGUUCUAGAGGUAUUGCCACUGUUGUCUUUAAGGAUCUAUCUCAUGCUCAAUUAGCCGUUGAGAAACUGAAUGAUAGGGAAGUUGAUGGCCGUGAAAUUUUGGUACGUUUAGAUCAAUAA